AUGAAUGCAAAGGGCGGCAAAUAUGGCAACGCCCUACGGGCCGCCUUAUGGGAAGGCCAUCAAGAGACUGUGGUACUGCUAUUAAAUAAGGGGGCCGAUAAAGGCCAUCAAGAGACUGUGGUACUGCUGUUGAAUAAGGGAGCCAAUGUGAAUGCGCAGGGCGGCCUGUUUGGCAACGCUCUCCAAGCCGCCUCAUGGAAAGGCUAUCAAGAUAUUGUAGUACUGCUAUUAAAGAAGGGGGCCAAUGUGAAUGCGCAGGGUGGCGAAUAUGGCAACGCCCUACAGGCCGCCCCAUGGAAAGUCCAUCAAGAGAUCGCGGCACUGGUUCAAAAAAGAUUGGCGCGAUUACAUUAUCGAAGCGGCCCGGUUAUAGGGCUCUGA